UCUUUAUCUCUCUACUCUCGCGGCUUGACGCCAUGGCAAAUAUAUUUCGCAACUGGGCACUAUCGCACACUCGCAAACGGCGAAAGAUUAGGCUCAGCCCUCUUGACGAUCCAGGAGAGUCUCCAGAAGAGCACCGAAUUUCCAUUGAUGGCGAGAAGUGGAGCAAUAGAGCGGCUUUAUUUAUUUACUCUCUCGGUUACUGACUCGAUUGGUAUAAUUGAUGAGGGCAGAAAUAUCCAGAAAGUGAAAAGCAGACAAAGAGAAGCCAGAAAGUGGUGGACAAAAGCAGUUUUGAGAGGAAACUUCUACAAGUCAAUGGUUAAACAGAUGGGAAAAGUAUUUACUAAUCCAGAUAUUGUAUCGUGAUUUGCUUCUUGGCAAUUGAGAUUUCAGAAGAGAGAAUUUUGUGUUGAUCUAGUGGCCAAGUAAUGAAAGACAAGAACUGUCGCCGGGCGAAAGGGAGUGCCAAUCGACGUGAGAACAUGUGGAGAAUGUGUGGUGGGAAAAGUGCUUUGCUGAAAUUGAUAGAGGCGAAUUAAAGUUGAGAGACAAAAGAGUGCACAACUACAAGACGAGGUAUUAACACGUCGCUCGAAUUAAAUUCCUAAUUAAAUAUUGAUACUCCUCCAACAUUGGCACACCGGUUGGCCGUCUCAGCCGUGCAGUGUUGCUCAAAUUGUCGCGUCAGGCAGUGCUUUAGUUAACUAAAGUCCCUCUUCAACUAGUCUUCUGUAGUGUGUUUAGUUUGGGAGAUAGGAAAUUUCCACCUGAGACCAUGUCUUCCUAUACUGGCAGCAGUUCGGAGGAUGAGAGUUCACCGCGCGAGAAGACGCAGAAGAAUUCAUCGGGAUUCACGGACUUUUGUGUGCGCAACAUCAACCAACAUGCUUUUGGACGGCGUGAAAUUGAGAUUGCCGAGCACGAGAUGCCCGGAAUUAUGGCACUGCGGAAGCGUGCGUGUGAUGACAAGCCGCUGAAGAAUGCCAAGAUUGUCGGGUGCACGCAUAUCAAUGCCCAGACUGCGGUUCUUAUUGAAACUCUGGUGGAAUUGGGGGCCACAGUGCGCUGGGCAGCGUGUAACAUCUAUUCUACGCAGAAUGAAGUGGCGGCCGCCCUGGCUGAGGCUGGGUAUGCCGUGUUUGCGUGGCGCGGAGAGACGGAGGAGGACUUCUGGUGGUGCAUCGAUAAAUGCGUGAAUGCAGAGAAUUGGCAACCGAAUAUGAUUCUGGAUGAUGGUGGCGAUGCUACGCAUCUCAUGCUCAAGAAGUACCCAGCCAUGUUCAAACUGGUGCGCGGCAUCGUUGAAGAGAGUGUCACAGGUGUCCAUCGGCUGUAUCAACUGUCGAAGGCUGGGAAGCUCUCAGUGCCUGCUAUGAAUGUCAAUGACUCGGUGACCAAGACCAAGUUCGACAAUCUGUACAGUUGCCGUGAAUCCAUCAUCGACAGUCUGAAGCGCUCCACGGACAUCAUGUUUGGCGGGAAGCAGGUGGUGAUCUGUGGGUAUGGCGAGGUGGGCAAGGGCUGCUGUCAGGCGCUGAAAGGAUUGGGCUGCAUUGUGUACAUCACGGAGAUCGACCCGAUUUGUGCUCUGCAGGCCAGCAUGGAUGGCUUCCGCGUGGUGAAACUGAACGAAGUGAUCCGCAAUGUGGACAUCGUGAUCACGGCCACGGGGAACAAGAAUGUGGUGGUGCGUGAGCACAUGGAUAAGAUGAAAAGUGGCGCGAUUGUGUGCAACAUGGGACAUUCCAAUACGGAGAUUGAUGUGAACAGUCUCCGGACGCCGGAUCUGACGUGGGAGAAGGUGCGUUCGCAGGUGGAUCACAUUGUGUGGCCGGACGGUAAGAGGAUCAUUCUGCUGGCUGAGGGUCGUCUCGUGAACCUCUCCUGCUCCAGCGUGCCCUCGUUCGUUGUCUCCAUCACGUCGGCGACACAGGCGCUCGCGCUCAUUGAGCUCUUCAACGCCCCCGCGGGGCGCUACAAGUCAGACGUGUAUCUGCUGCCCAAGAAGAUGGAUGAAUACGUGGCGAGUCUCCAUCUACCAACAUUCGAUGCCCACCUGACGGAGCUCACGGACGAGCAGGCCAAGUACAUGGGCCUCAACAAGGCGGGACCUUUCAAGCCCAAUUAUUACAGAUAUUGAGAGGCGGGAAGGAUGCAGUAUCCUUGGCGCAAUUAAGAGUAUUUCUCAAUCUUUAUUUUUUUUCUUCAACUCGGCAAGAAAGCAUUUUAUUCUGAUGCAUUUUUCCUCAACUUAUAUACUUUAAUGAGCAGAUAGAGAGAUUCUUUUGUCUCUUAUUUUUUAACAUUUUUUUCCCUCCCCACACUAAUCUUUUAGUACGUAUAGUAGUUGUGAAACUUAGUCAAUUGAGAGCUGAUCAGCUCUCGAAGGUUGGGACGAUAACGAAUAAAGUAUGUAAAUUCCGUUUGCGAAGGUUUCGAAGGGCGCUGAGUGGGUUUGUUGUAUGAUAAGGACGCGUAUGUACUUACAUAUGUCUUCUUGAUGUCUAUAAUCAAUCCCAUUAGGUCUCUUCAGUGACUAAGAUAUAUACCCAAGAAGGACGAGAAUGUCAUGCGGAGAAUGAAUUUAUUUGUAAAAAUUUUUAGAAUGAUCAGAAUUCAGUUGAAUAA